AUGGUGCUGUGGGACAAGAUCUUCUACGAAGUAGCCAAAGAGUACGACGAUGUGGAGAUUGACAAGAUGCUGGUGGAUGCCAUGACGGUGCGCAUGGUGCUGCAGCCCAAGAGUCUGGAUACCAUUGUGGCUACGAAUUUGCAUGCGGAUAUCCUGACGGAUCUUGCGGCGGCGCUGGGUGGCUCGAUUGGCAUUGCGCCAUCGAGUAAUUUGGAUCCGACGAGGAAGAAUCCAUCCAUGUUUGAGCCUAUCCAUGGGUCUGCACCGGAUAUCGCGGGCAAGGGGAUUGCAAACCCUGUGGGCGCCUUUUGGAGCGCGGCGGAGAUGGUAAGGUGGGUUGGUGAGGAAAAGGCAGCGGAUGCGCUUAUGAAGGCUGUCGAGGCUGUCACUGCUAGGGGUAUAAAGACGAAGGAUCUUGGUGGCAGUGAGAAUACUAAAGGUGUGACUGAGGCUGUUUGUGCAGAGUUAGAAAAGGUCCUCCAAUCAUCUUGA